UGAAGACACUAGAUAACAGCAGCCUUAGCCAAGGAAAUAAGACCUCCAAAGGCAAACCCUCAGAAUGCUUCAGUUAACUGGGGACAAUGAGAAGAAUCUGGACGUUUCAAGAAGUGUAAGAAGGCCCGGAGUGUGGAAAGAGAUUUCUUUUGGGGAUUACAUUUGUCACACAUUUCAGGGAGACUGCUGGGCUGAUCGAUCCCCGCUUCAUGAAGCUGCAGCCCAGGGGCGCUUACUGGCUCUUAAGACUUUAAUUGCACAGGGUGUCAACGUGAACCUCGUGACAAUUAACCGGGUCUCUUCUCUCCAUGAGGCGUGCCUUGGAGGUCAUGUAGCCUGUGCUAAAGCCUUACUGGAAAAUGGUGCACAGGUCAAUGGAGCGACGGUUCACGGAGCCACACCCCUCUUUAGCGCUUGCUGCAGUGGCAGCGCUGCGUGUGUUAACGUGCUGCUGGAAUUCGGAGCCCGGGCCCAGCUCGAGGUGCACCUGGCAUCCCCUAUCCAUGAGGCAGUCAAGAGAGGUCACAGAGAGUGCAUGGAGAUUCUGCUGGCAAAUAACGUGAACAUUGACCAAGAAGUGCCUCAGCUCGGAACUCCCCUCUAUGUGGCCUGUACCCACCAAAGGGUAGAUUGUGUGAAGAAACUCCUAGAAUUAGGAGCCAGUGUUGACCUCGGCCACUGUCUGGACACGCCGCUCCACGCUGCAGCGAUGCAUUCCAGUGUGGAAGUCAUCCACCUGCUGAUGGACUACGGCGCUAACCCGAAGCACAGAAAUGCUCAGGGCAAAUGUGCACUUGAUCUGGCAGCCCCCAAAAGCAGCGUGGAGCAGGCACUCCUGCUCUGGGAAGGCCCGCCUGCUCUUUCUCAGCUCUGCCGCCUAUGUGUCCGAAAGUGCUUGGGUCGAGCGUGUCAUCAAAGCGUCCACGAGCUGCAUCUGCCGGAGCCGCUGCAAAGAUUCCUCCUCUACCAGUAGUCCCAACUGCCCAUGGAAGGUCCUGGAAAUAAUCAGGUUGUUGCCUGAUGUCCACAGGGUAGCUAGUGUAGAUGCUCAACAGCUAGACUCUCAGUAUCUUCAAAUGAGCUCAUCCAGUUAGAUGAAGUUCCGGAUGAAUGGGAAACACUUAGGGAGUGGAAACUUCUCAUUGGUUUAAUUUCCCCAUUACCCAAGGGGCAACCAGAGACCUUUCAUUUUUAGCUCUUCUUGUUAAGAAACUUUGAAAAAUUGUGAAGUAGCAUGAGAAUACUAUGGUGUUUUCAAAGGCUCAUGAUCUCCAAUUAUGUAAGGGUCAACAUUCUGAGUAUCAUGCAGACAUGUGAUAAUCUGGGCGAAUCAGAUUGGGAUGAAUGUGAGUAUCCCAAGGUGUGUUCCUCCUGAUUUAGUUCUUCCUUCUUUCCCUCUUUCUUUCCUCUAUGAAUAAA